AUGCCUGCCUCGGUGCUGUGGGCAGUGGACCUCUUCGGGCGUGUGUACACGCUGUCCACUGCUGGGCAGUACUGGGAAGCGUGCCGGGAUGCUAAGCUGGAAUUCAAGCGGGUUAGCGCCGCCAUGCAACAGUGCUGCUGGGGGAUUGCCGCUGACAACCAGGUCUACGUGUACGUGUGCGCCAGCGACGUCCCCAUCCGGUGCCGUGAGGAGGCCUACGAGAACCAGCGCUGGAACCCCGUGGGCGGCUUCUGCGAGAAGCUUCUACCCAGUGACCGCUGGCCUUGGAGUGACGUGAGUGGGCUCCAGCACCAGCCGCUGGAGGGGGUGGCACUGCCCUCGCCACACUGGGAAUGGGAGUCGGACUGGUACGUGGAUGAGAACUUUGGAGGGGAGCCCACUGAGAAAGGGGGCUGGACAUACGCCAUGGACUUCCCGGCCACCUACACCAAGUACAAGAAGUGGAACUCGUGUGUACGGCGGCGGAAGUGGAUCCGGUACAGGAGAUACAAGUCCCGAGACACUUGGGCCAAGAUCCCGUCAAAGGAUGACCCCAAGGAGUUGCCUGACCCCUUCAAUGACCUCUCCGUGGGGGGGUGGGAGAUCACAGAUGAGCCCGUGGGCCGCCUGUCGGUGUGGGCUGUGUCUCUGCAGGGAAAGGUGUGGUACAGAGAGGAUGUCAGCCGCCCCAACCCUGAGGGCUCCUCCUGGUCCCUCGUGGACACCCCGGGGGAGGCUGUGCAGAUCAGCUGUGGGCCCCACGACCUCCUGUGGGCCACGCUCUGGGAGGGCCAGGCCCUAGUUCGGGAAGGUAUCAGCAGACACAAUCCCAAAGGAAGUUCCUGGACCAUUGUGGAGCCCCCUGUGGCUGAGAAUGGGAUCAUGCACAUCUCAGUGGGCGUCAGCGUGGUCUGGGCCAUCACCAAAGAUCGGAAGGUGUGGUUCCGGAGGGGCAUCAACUCACACAAUCCCUGUGGCACCAGCUGGAUUGAAAUGGUCGGAGAGAUGGUGAUGAUCAGCGUGGGGCUCAAUGACCAGGUCUGGGGCAUCGCCUGCGAGGACCGGGCCAUGUACUUCCGGCAGGGUGUCACCCCCAGUGAGCUCAGUGGGAAGACAUGGAAGGUCAUCGUUUCCAGCCGGGAGAGUGACCAGUCCCACUCUGGCAGCUCAUCCAGCCUCCUCAGUGCUGGCUGCUUCUUCGGUGAUGAGGUGAGGGGCAGUGGUGAGUCACCAGCCCCCAGUGAUGCUGACGUCCCCUCAGAAGUGGGCCGACUAAGACCUGACCAGCUACAUCCUGCAGACUCUCUGGACAGCAAGGGAAGUCUGACUUUGGACCCAAGGCCUGGCCCGCCCAAAGCCGGGGUGGAGGAGACUGACCCAGCCCGGGGCCCAGGUGGGGAAUCUCAGGCUGACCCAGCCACCAGCCCCCCGGCCGAGCUGCCCUGGACCAACAUUGACCUGAAGGAGCCCAGCAGGGCAUCCAGCCACACAGCAGCUGAGCCCCCCAGGCUCUCCCUGAGUCUUCUGCCAGGGGGCCUAGAGGAACAAUAUAGCACUGAUGACCAUCCGAUGUGGGCCUGGGUGUCUGGAGGGGGCUGCGCUGUGGAGACCCAUGCGACACUCAAGUGGUUUUCUGCCCAGUCUGGCCUGUGUCCAGCUGUGCAGACGCUGGUGCCACCCAUGACACCGGCCCAGACGGCCGCCUGGAGGAAGCAGAUUUUCCAGCAACUUACAGAACGGACCAAGCGGGAGCUGGAGAACUUCCGGCACUAUGAGCAGGCUGUGGAGCAGUCCGUGUGGGUGAAGACAGGGGCACUGCAGUGGUGGUGUGACUGGAAGCCCCACAAGUGGGUGGACGUGCGUGUGGCCCUGGAGCAGUUUAUGGGGCAUGACGGGGUGCGAGACAGCAUCCUCUUCAUCUACUACGUGGUCCACGAGGAGAAGAAGUACAUCCACCUGUUUCUCAAUGAGGUGACAGUGCUGGUGCCUGUCCUGAAUGAAGCCAAGCACUCCUUUGCCCUCUAUACCCCCGAGAGGACCCGGCAGAGGUGGCCUGCAUGCCUGGCUGCUGCCACCGAGCAGGAAAUGAAUGACUGGCUGGCCCUGCUCAGCCUAUCCUGCUGUGAGAGCCGGAAGGUGCACGGCCGCCCAUCCCCCCAGGCCAUCUGGUCCGUCACCUGCAAGGGGGACAUCUUUGUGAGUGAGCCCAGCCCUGACCUGGAGGCCCCGGAGCAUCCAUCACCCUGUGACCAAAUGUUCUGGCGGCAGAUGGGCGGUCACCUGCAGGUGGUGGAGGCCAGCGGUCGCGGCGUAGUAUGGGGCCUCGGCUAUGACCACACAGCCUGGGUGUACACGGGCGGCUACGGUGGAGGCUGCUUCCAGGGCCUGGCCAGCAGUACCAGUAACAUCUACACACAGUCAGACGUGAAAUGCGUCUACAUCUAUGAGAACCAGCGUUGGAACCCAGUCACUGGUUACACCAGCAGGGGUCUGCCCACUGACCGCUACAUGUGGAGCGAUGCGUCAGGGCUGCAGGAGCGGACCAAGGCCAGCACCAAGCCACCCUCGCCGCAGUGGACCUGGGUCUCCGACUGGUAUGUGGAUUUCAGCAUUCCUGGGGGCACCGACCAGGAGGGAUGGCAGUACGCCAGUGACUUCCCUGCUUCCUACCGUGGCUACAAGACCAUGAAAGACUUCGUUAGGCGGCGGUGUUGGGCUAGGAAAUGCAGACUGGUGACUAGCGGGCCCUGGCUGGAGGUGGCCCCCAUCGCCCUGGGAGAUGUGUCCAUCAUCCCUGAGAGUCCAGGUGCUGAGGGCAGCAUUGCCCUGUGGGCCGUCAGUGACAAAGGGGACGUGCUGUGCCGCCUGGGCGUGUCCGAGCUCAACCCUGCAGGCUCCUCCUGGCUGCACGUGGGCACUGACCAGCCCUUCACCUGCGUCUCCGUGGGCGCCUGCCACCAGGUGUGGGCUGUGGCCCGAGAUGGCUCUGCCUUCUACAGAGGCUCUGUGUCCCCCUCCCAGCCUGCCGGUGACUGCUGGUACCACAUCCCGUCCCCCCCAAAACAGCGACUGACGCAGGUGUCUGUUGGACAGACAUCUGUGUAUGCCUUGGACGAGAAUGGAAACCUGUGGUACCGACAGGGGAUCACCCCCAGCUACCCGCAGGGCUCCAGCUGGGAACAUGUGUCCAACAACGUCCGCAAAGUGUCUGUGGGACCCCUGGACCAGGUCUGGGUCAUCGCCAACAAGGUCCAGGGGAGCCACAGCCUGAGCCGGGGGACAGUAUGUCAUCGCAUGGGAGUGCAGCCCCAUGAGCCCACUGGGCAGGGCUGGGACUACGGCAUAGGGGGCGGUUGGGACCACAUAUCUAUCCGGGCCAAUGCUACCAGGGCUCCAAGGACCGGGUCUCAGGAGGCUAGUAUGCCCCCACAAGACACCAUCCGUGGCCCGUGGGCACCAGAGGAAAGCCAGGGCACCAGCCAGCCAGCAUAUGUCCCGGACGAGGCCCCCCAUGGCCCCCCAGGCAGGAGAGCAGAGCACUGCUGCUUGUCCUCCUGCAUCCUACUUGGAUCACAGCUCUGGCCCCAGGCUCUGGUUGCUGAUGGCUUUGCUCAGGCCUGCGCCCAGGAUGGGGCAGUGCGGGUAGGCGCUGGUCAGAGGUGUGCAGGUGACGGCCUGUGCUUGCAUUUCACCAGGCAGUUCGCCCUCACUGGGGGGGAUGUGGGCUCUAUCUGUCCCAAACGUGGUACAAAGAAGCUGUACCUGGGGACCCUGUGA